UCCAGCUCCAGAUCCCACAGGUUCUCUUCAUAAGCAGCCUGUGAGGACAUUGGUGACAGGUCACUGCCUUCAGGCCACACCAUGGGGCAUAAUAACACAGGCAACUCCUUACAAAGAAGAGCAAGAUGCUCGGGUAUUUACCGACGGAGGCAUAACAAUUGGUCUGGGCAUGUCCGUUCUGGCAUUGAUUCUUCAUCCCACCAGCAGCAAGAUGGAGAUCCAGCAACAAAUGACAGUCGCAUGAGCACCCGAGGAAGAUAUGCUCCCUAUGCCAUUCCAUCCUGUCAUUGGAGAGGCAGUUUUCAGAUACAAGACCAAACGCAAGCUAACAUGGAGGGAGAGCAAAAGCAUCCAGAAACAAGAAUGGAGGGGGAGAGGCAGGAUGAGACCUCCAGGAGCUGGUUCAAGAUCACAAUUCCAUUUGGCAUCAGAUAUGAUGAGAAGUGGCUGCUGAAUCUGAUUCAGAAGCAAUGCAGUGUCCCCUUCACCCCAGUGGAAUUUCACUAUGAGAAAAUGCAGGCCCAGUUCUUUGUUGAGAAUGCCGGCAUUGCCUUCGCAUUGAAGAGUGUCAACGGCAAGAUCUGGAAUGAGAAUAAUGAAAUGAUAUCUAUCUUUUUCCACCCCUCUGAUGCACCCCAGUCUGUGCAGAAGGAGCUGAAGCCAGAAAAUGUGGAUCAGAUAAAGCUUUUGCCCUCGAACCUGAGCGACAAGGAACCCUACCAGAUGGAUGGUCUAUCCAACACUAUGCAGAAUGCCUCCAGCAUCAAGGCCUUGAACCUCUCCAACAGUGAGUCUGCAGGGGAGUUGGACAAGGGCAAAAGACUGCAGCGAGAAGACAUGAGUGCAAACAGAAGCCCCCUGUGCACCACCUUUCCCGAUAAAUCAACCAACAUAAGCUCCAUCCUGGAACUGUUUUCCAAGUUAUUAUGCCUGGAUGGCCAGGAGUCACCUUCACCAACCAGCGUUGGUAUUGCAGCCCACAAGAGGUUACCAACCUGCAAGGGAAGCUUCUUUGGAUCUGAUGCACUGAAGAGUCUGGUCCUGCAAUUCCUGCAGCAGUACUACUUGAUCUAUGACUCUGGAGACCAUCAGGGUCUCCUCGGUGCUUACCACGAUGAGGCCUGCUUCUCCCGGACCAUUCCCUUCAACCCCAAGGAGCCAGCCCCAAGCAGCUUGUGUGAGUACCUCAAGGAAAGCAGGAACAUGAAGAAGGUCCAGGACCCCUACCUGCGUGUUCAGCUGCUGAAGCAUACAAAACAUGACAUUGUGCACUCCCUCUGUGUGCUGCCCAAAACUCAGCAUGACCUCAGCUCCUUUGUGGUGGACAUAUGGUUCCAGAUGGACUUGAUGCUCUGCUUCUCUGUCAACGGAGUGCUCAAGGAAGUGGAAGGAAUGUCUCAGGAUUCUGUUCGUGCCUUCACCCGGACCUUCAUUGCUAACCCUGUCAACAAUUACAGUCUAAGCAUCGUGCACGAUGACCUGUUUGUGAGGGACACCAGGCUCAAGGACACCCAGAAUGCAUUCCCUAUCACAGUGCCCACACAUUCCUGCAUCUCUUGCCCCACCCUUUCCCAGAAACAGCAGGAAAUGGUGCAUACUUUCAUAACCCAGUCUGGAAUGAACUUCCAGUAG